CGAAGCGGAGAAAACCGCACACGUGUGCGGUCCCUUCUUCGGACCGUUCCACAGGAAGGGAAUUGAUGAAACCCUAAAAACGGCGCUUAGCCGACCAUCAACACCGCACCGGACUCGUCCCCCCAUCUAUUCAAUCCACUUUAUUCCCUCCUUUCAAACCCCUCUCGAGUCUGUACCCCCCGACCAAAGAGAGAAAAAAAAAAGACCUCUCAGGUCCGCCCCUCCUCCCCCGCCCCCCAACUCUACGAGGUCAAAAUAUAUAGUUAUUUUCUCCUCAUAUCUUUCCCUCCCUUAAAAAAUAAAAACCACUCUCUCUCUUUCUCCUCUCCCAUCUCGAAUUCCUCUAAUUUGCUGUUAUUUUCCUCUCAAUCUUCACACUAUCUCUCGAAUUCUAUUUUCGUUCUGGUCUUUGGAGCUGGGGAAUGGACGGGGGAUCGGCGCUGUACAACCCGAAGACGGUGGAGGAGGUCUUCCGGGACUUCAAGGGUCGUAGGGCCGGCAUGGUCAAAGCCCUCACCACCGAUGUGGAGGAUUUCUACCAACAGUGCGACCCUGUUUGCCAUACAAGGUCACAAUGUCAAACAAAGUACCAUCAGAAAAGUGAAAAGGAAAAUUUAUGCCUCUAUGGAUUUCCCAAUGAGCACUGGGAAGUUAAUUUGCCUGCCGAAGAGGUACCUCCGGAGCUUCCAGAGCCUGUAUUGGGCAUUAACUUUGCAAGGGAUGGAAUGCAAGAGAAAGAUUGGUUGUCUCUGGUUGCUGUACACAGUGAUGCGUGGUUACUUUCGGUUGCAUUUUAUUUUGGCGCUAGAUUUGGAUUUGAUAAAGCUGACAGGAAGCGCUUGUUUGGCUUGAUUAACGAACUGCCUACCAUAUAUGAAGUUGUGAAUGGGAAGAACAAAGUGAAAACAUCGGGUACCAAUCACAGCAGUAAAAAAUCCAAGUCAAACUCUAAAGUGCGAGCAUCAGAGUCCCAGGCCAAGUAUUCAAAGGGUCAGCCAAAGGAAGAAGAUGAAGGUCUGGAUGAGGAAGACGAAGAGGAGCAUGGGGAGACCUUGUGUGGUGCAUGCGGGGACAACAAUGCAACAGAUGAGUUCUGGAUCUGCUGCGACAUAUGCGAACAGUGGUUUCAUGGCAAAUGUGUUAAGAUCACCCCUGCUAGAGCUGAGCACAUCAAGCAGUACAAGUGCCCAUCAUGCAGCAACAAGAGAACCCGCCCCUCCUGAGAGGCCUGUUGCAAGGUUCUCUUCUGUGCAUUUUGGUGGGCUCUGCCCUCUGAUGCCAAAUUUUCUGUUAGUUUGUAGGAAAAGGUGCUUCAUCUUGUUAACUCUUGUAAGAAUCCUUUUUUUUAAUGUUGGACCCUCACACAUUUAGAGCACUUCUGCUGGAUGUGGAAUGAUAUCUAUCUUUAGCUGUGAUCAUGUUUAGUUGCUUUACUAUAGGUAUUAUCAUCCUCCAGAUGUUAAUGGAUGGUGUUUUCUUUUGUUGACUUGUACGAUUGUUCCGAUUCUUAUGGUUUUUAGUUGGUUUCA